ACCCCGUCCCGUUUCCCAGUAGCGCCGCCGCCGCCGCCCCAGCAGGCCAGCCCCACGCUGACCAUGGAGAGCCCCGACGAAAACACUCUCGACAUCACAGAGCUGUGCGUGGAUCCGGACGAGCACGAUGGCCUCCGUGACGGACAGGCCCCCGGUGAGCCGUGCCCUUUCCGUGCCAUCUACGAAUCCAAGCCGCUGCGCUCCCAGGGCCCCCUCUUUCUCCGUGGGGUGCCGGUCACCGUGCGGAUAGAGGGCUCCGAGCGAUAUGCCAGCGGCUCCAAGGUGCGGCCAAACACGGUGUAUUCCCUGCGUCUGACGCACGGCGAAUUCACCUGGACCAUGAAGAAGAAAUUCAAGCACUUCCAGGAGCUGCACCGGGACCUGAUGAAGCAUCGGAUUCUCAUGAGCAUCCUGCCUUUGUCUCGGUUUGCUUUCCGUUCAGAAGGAGCGGCCCUGGGGUUACCAUCUCUGCCCCACGGGGGUGAGGUUUCCCGACGCCCAUCCAGCAAACAGAAACAGCUGGAGAGCUACCUCAAUACCUUGCUGGAGAUGAGCUUGUACCGGGACUACCAUGCUAUGGCGGAGUUCCUGGACGUCAGCCGACUCUCCUUCAUUCCGGAUCUGGGACCCAAAGGCCUGGAGGGCAUGAUCCUGAAACGGUCCGGGGGGCACCGGUUCCACGGCCUGAACUGUGCUGGGCGCCAUCGUGUCUGCUACCGCUGGUCGAAGAGGUGGCUGGUGGUGAAGGACUCGUUCCUGCUCUACAUGAAGCCGGAUUCAGGGAUCAUCUCCUUCGUGCUGCUCUUCGACCCGGGCUUCUCUGUCCAGGUGGGCAAGAAGCCCACGGAAACCAAGUACGGAGUCCGCGUGGACAACACCUGCAGGUCGCUCAUCUUGAAGUGCAGCAGCUACCGUCAGGCCCGCUGGUGGUGCCAGCAGAUCCGAGAAUUGGCUGAGGACAAAGGCAGGGAGUUCCUGCGGCCGAAUCGCUUCCAGGCCUUUGUGCCGGUCCGCCAGGAGACCCCUGCUCGCUGGUUUGUCAAUGGUGCCGGCUAUUUUGCGGCUGUGGCCGACGCACUGAUGCAAGCCCAGGAAGAGAUUUUCAUCACGGAUUGGUGGCUCAGCCCGGAGAUCUACCUGAAGCGCCCGGCCCGGUCAGAUGAGUGGCGGCUGGACCUCAUCCUGAAGCACAAGGCGGAGCAGGGCGUGCGCGUCUGUGUGCUGCUCUUCAAGGAGGUGGAGCUUGCCCUGGGCAUCAACAGCGACUACAGCAAGCGCGCCCUCAUGCUGCUGCACCCCAACAUCAAGGUAAUGCGCCACCCCGACCACGUCUCCUCCAUCGUCUUCCUGUGGGCCCACCAUGAAAAGCUGGUGGUGGUGGACCAAUCCGUGGCCUUCCUGGGGGGCCUGGAUCUCGCCUAUGGGCGCUGGGACACCCACGAGUACCGCCUCACAGACCUGAGCAGGGAGACCUGCCAGAAGAUCAAGGGUGGGGCUGCCCCUCCUGGGGAGCCCGAGCCCCCCAUUGACUUGGCCACCAACCAGCGCCUCUGGCUGGGCAAGGACUACAGCAACCUCAUUGCCAAAGACUGGGUGCAACUGGACAGGCCUUUUGAAGAUUUCAUUGAUAGGUGCCAGACCCCCCGAAUGCCGUGGCGAGAUGUGGGCGUGGCUGUGCACGGAGUGGCCGCCCGAGACGUGGCAAGACAUUUCAUCCAGCGCUGGAACUUCACCAAGAUCAUCAAGGCCAAGUACAAAGGACCCGAGUACCCGUGCCUCCUGCCCAAGUCCCCCCGCGCGCCCCCCCCGCGACUCCCCUUUGUGGUGCCUGGAGCGCAGACGGCCAACGUCCAGGUGCUGCGCUCCGUGGACCGCUGGUCGGCCGGCCUCCAUGAGUGUUCGAUCUACAACGCCUACCUGAGCGUCAUUAGGGACAGCCAGCAUUUCCUGUACAUUGAGAACCAGUUCUUCAUCAGCUGCGCGGAUGGGCGCUCGGUGCUCAACACCGUGGGAGACGCCCUCGUGGACCGAGUGCUGCUCGCCUACAGAGAGAAGAAGGCCUUCCGAGUGUACGUGCUGCUCCCUCUCCUGCCCGGAUUUGAGGGGGACAUCGCGCAGGGGGGCGGCAACUCCAUCCAAGCCAUUUUGCACUUCACGUACCAAACUCUUUGCCGUGGGGAGGCCUCCAUCGUCAGACGCCUCAAGGCUGUCAUGGGGGAGGACUGGAAGAGCUACAUCUCCUUCUGCGGGCUGAGGACGCACGGCGAGCUGCACGGGCAGCUCAUCACGGAGCUGGUGUACAUCCACAGCAAGAUCCUCAUCGCCGACGACCGGCGUGUCAUCAUCGGUUCAGCCAACAUCAACGACCGGAGCCUUCUGGGGAAGCGGGACAGUGAACUGGCCGUCCUGGUGGAGGACACGGAGUUCGUGGCGUCCGUCAUGGGUGGGCAGGAGUACCAGGCGGGCAGGUUUGCCCUGAGCCUGCGUCUUGACUGCUUCAGGUGCAUUUUGGGCGUGACCUCGGAGCCUGGCGUCGACAUUCAAGAUCCAGUCAGCGACCGCUUCUUCCAUGAAACCUGGCAAGCCCGGGCCCAGUCCAACACCAACAUCUACGAUCAGGUCUUCCGCUGCCUCCCCACCGACGCCGUGCAGUCCAGCCGGGCCCUGCGGGAGUACGUCAAUGUGAAUAGCUUGGCCUUGGUCAGUCGCAUCAUGGCCCGGGACCAUCUCCAAAGCAUCCGGGGCCACCUGGUUCAGUUCCCCCUCGAGUUCCUGGCUGAGGAGUCCCUCCUGCCCCCUCUCCGCAGCAAGGAGGGCAUGAUCCCCGUGGAAGUGUGGACUUGAACUCACGCCCGGAGGAAAGCGAAGCAACAGAGCGGGCUACUGGCCACGGGGCAAGGAGACAGACUCCUGGCCGGGGAAGGGUGGGGCAGCAUCCCCACAUUUCAGCUGCCCUCCUUUGCUGGCCCAACUGGCAUCUGUCUGCGCUGCUCUCCAGAAGUGGUCCAUCUGCCCGUGGUGCCGCUUCCACCAUCCCCAGAAGAGACAUCGUUCAUCCCAAAGGCCGCCAUCCCUGCUGUGUGGGCCUGAGUGUGGCGAGUCCUAUUCCACUACAUUUUAAGCGGGUGCCUUGGCCACGCUGGCUGGAAAGGAGUGGCAGCUCCAGAGCAUCUGGCGGGCAUCCGGUUGGGCAGCCCGCCCUCGCCCAACACUUGACUCCGCCACCGCCCUGUCCUGGGGGCAGCCACCCUGGCCCCUGACCAAAGCCCCGUCAGCCCCACUCCCCUCUGGCCCCAUCCCAGGAGGCGCUUGGGCCUGGGAGCAGCCAGCCACCGCCUGCCUUCCAUACGGUGGACAUCCUGCAGCCGACCCACUUUUGGGGUCCGUGGGAAAGAGCGCCAAAACCUGUGCUGCUGCAAUACCUUUAUUGUUGUGGUCUUGUCUGCACUACAGCAACUCUCUCAUGGCUCUGUGGACUUACCAAGAAGCUCCAAGGAAGGACGCUUGGUGCCCUCUUGGCUGUGCCGUGGAGCGCCUCGUGCCGCCUCAAAUGAGUCAGAAUAGAGAGGCAGCUGGACAACCAUCUGUCAAGUAUGCUUUAGGGUGGAUUCCUGCAUUGAGCAGGGGGUUGGACUCGAUGGCCUUAGAGGCCCCUUCCAACUCUGCUAUUCUAUGAUUCUAGUAUGGCUGCCUUGGCGAAGAGUGGUGUAAACCCCCAGGGGGUGUGAUUAAUGUCUGUUUGUUCUUAAUGAUUUUUUUAAAUUGUCGGAAGACUUAUUCAAUAAAGGCAUUCAUUCAUGAUUCUA